GCGCAGAGCCAAUGACGCUGCGGAGGCGUGGCCUCGCACCUGCGCAGGUAACAUCACUGCGACACCAGACGCGGAAGUUUUCGAGAGAGACCUCUCGAACUGCGCCAGUCUGGUCCGCGUCGUCUGCUGGUUCUGACCCGCAGAGAUGAGGGUGUUGCUGUCUUUGAUCUGCCUCUUGGUCGCCUGCGAGCCGGGCUGGACGGGUUCCGCUCGGACCUGUCGGUGGAACUCGGACCUGGGGCCGAAACAAGGCCUGAGCCCGCAGAGCCCGGCCCAGGAGCUGCGUUGGUCCAACGAGACCGACCCGGGUCGCUGCCGGGACCUCUGCUGCUCCGCCGACGACUGCGACCUGGCGCUGGUGGCGCCCUCCGGCAGCGGAGCACCUCGGUGCGGUCUGGUCCGGUGCCCGCUCCGCGGCUGCCUGCUGGAGCCCAGCGAGCGGUUCCUGGUUUAUCAGAGACUGAAGAUCGUCCCCUUCUCGAACCCGCCGUCGAGCGAGGUCAACACCACGCACUGUUGGCUGCCGAUGAAGGUGGGUCGCUGCCGCGCCGCCUUCCCGCGGUUCUACUACGAUGUGACGAGUAAGACGUGUCGACGCUUCACUUACGGCGGCUGCGGUGGCAACGGGAACAAUUUCGCGUCGCAGGAGGAGUGUGAGGCGCUGUGCGGGGGCGACACUGGCUCGGAGGCAGCGCGUGCCCAGGCCCCUGGGAGCCCCGCUGCAGUGACUCAGCCUCCGUCCCAGAAGGCUGCGGCCCUCUGCUCCGGGGCCCCAGACGCCGGACCCUGCCGUGCAGCCUUCCCCAUGUUCUACUACGACGGGGCCAGCGGCACCUGCCACUCCUUCAUCUAUGGGGGCUGUCGUGGCAACCUGAAUCGCCACGCCAGCUUGGAGGAGUGUCUGAAUCGCUGCCGUGAGGAAGGCUCUGUCGACAGUCGCGGGCAACUUCGCAACCGCUGGACGGCAGCCUUCUUCCUGCUCCUGACUCUGGCCGGUGUCUCCGCCCUGCUGGUGGCAGCACUCAUCGUCGUCGCAGUCCGCCGCCGCCUCCCCCCUGGCGCGCCGGCCUCCCUCAGUGACAAGGCGGAGCUGCUGCAGGACCCGGACGAGCCGUCGCAGGACUCGCUCGCCGUCCCGCCCGAGGCCUGAGGCCAGCCUUGCGUGUGACGCAGACACCAAUGAAGAACUUGCUUUUAUAUUUAUCUUUUAGAAGGAGGAUGCGCCCGAGCGUGUGAUGAUGUCAUCGCGUAGGAGUUCUCACUUCAGAAGCUGCCUUGUCGCCCCCUGGAGGACCUUGUGGGAUUUUCUCUCCUGUGGUUGUUCUUAGAUGAUUUGUGCUGAAUAAACUUGAAGAAAACCCUUGUGACACUAUUGACUACAGAAUAACGU